AUGUCGUCAUUUCUGCCUUGUUCUGGCUCUGAAUAUCUGACCCUAAUGACAACAUGUGCUCCGGGCCUGGAAAAAUCAUCAGCCGACGAAAUUGAAGAAAAAUUAAAUAAUUUACGGAAGAGAAGUGACUUGGCAAUUAAUAUUUAUCACAUUUAUUCAAAGUUUGAAAAUAUUGAUGAUGAUAAUUUCAAGGAAAUUAUUAGAAUAUUUCAGAGGCGAGAUAUCAAGUCAAUGCUGCAAGGAAAAAUUAUUAUUCAAUUCCAUUUUUCUUCCACCUCUGAGAAAUUGAAAAUAUCUGUAUUUAAUGAAACUAUUUCCUCACUUCUUGAAUGUCUAUCAAUUGUCAAAAUUCACAUUCUAGUUUAUGUUUUGGAAAAUCUUUCUUUUCCCUCUUCAAGUACUUCCACUCAGGAAAAAUCCUCUCCAAACGAUUCAACUGGAGAUAGUUUUGAAGAAAAAGAAAGAGAAUGGGCUAGAAGAUUGAAAAAUGAUCCAAACUUUAAUUAUUUUUUGGAAUGCCAUCAACAUGCAUUGCCAGAAAGCAAAUGUUGGAAAGAAUCGUUAGAAAAGUGGGUUGACAUGAGAAAUAUAUUAUUUGAAAAUUCCACAAAAGAUAAAAUAACAAGUGUGGAGGCACUUAAAUUCAGAAUCACAUCAAGAAGGUCUGGACAACAUAACUUCAAAUCGAGUGAUAUGUUAUCGUGGUUUGGAUUAUUGGUAUCUCACAAGUUAAUGGGUGAGGAGAUUAGCAACAUUGGAAAAACUUGGAAAGCAGAUUUAACAAAUUAUGAUCUCGAUAUUUUUCAAAUCCUCUACAAUGAUACUCUCUUUCUCUCAUUCACUCUGUGUGAGGAAACCAUUUGUUUACAAACGUUUUCUAAACAAUUCAAAAAUGAAUUGUUCUUAAACUCAACAUCUUUGAGACCCAAUAUUGCUUUUGGAUUAAUUAAUCUUGCAAAUAUCAAAAAAGGAGAUGUAUUUUGUGAUAUCUGCUCUGGUACUGGAAUAAUUUCACUGAUGGCUUUACACUUAUUUAAAAAUAAUAUUCAAAUUAUUUCUGGAGAAUUAUCUGAGGAAAUUUUACAGAACCACCUAAUCAACAAUAUUGACAAUUACAGGUAUUCAAAUAAUACAAUACAACCUCUGAAAUGGGACUUCACUCGCCUCCCUUUAAAAACAGCCACUGUUGACGUCAUUUGCUCAAAUUUACCUUUCGGAAAGCAGAUUGGAUCACAUUCAUUAAAUAAGGAAAUUUACCCUCCCAUGUUUUCAGAAUUAUGCAGGGUUUUGAGACCUGAAGGAAGAAUUGUUAUUCUCACAUCUGAAAAACACUUGAUGCAAAAAGUUCUACAAGAAAAUAAGGUAUUCAUAUCAUUUUUUUCACGAAUUUCUAUUCAUCAAGGUGGUUCAGAUGUUUUUGUUUACAUUCUCACAAGAAAAAGUAAAGCAUUUUUUGUAAAG